AUGAAAAGGACUUCAUUCCAAGCAGAAAUAAGCAAAAGAGAUACAAAAUGCAAUACAUGCAAGGAGAGCAUAGAUCGAGGAGUCAUAAGAAUUAAAAUCCACUUAAUGGAUCAUUAUGAUUAUUAUCACUUAAAAUGCUAUACCCCCAAAAUCAAACAGUAUAUUUCUAAAAAAGAUUUAGGGAUAACCCUAGACCCAGAAAAUGCUAAAAUUCUAGAUGAAUGACUUGAUAACUGGAAUAAAGAUUAUGCCCCACUUGACAAAGCUUUCCAUGAGCCUCCAACUUUUUCUAAGCUGGUAGAAUCGACUCCUUCUAAAUACAGAAGAGCCUGGCUAGAAAUAUUUAAAUUUCUUGAUGCAGUCGAAUUGUUUAAAAUUUAUUCUCAUGUGAAUAAAGAAUUUUACCUUACUUAUUAAUUAGAUGGUUAGUCAAGGUCCUCGAGGUAAAACCCAAAUAGAAAAUAGGCAAGGGCUAGGCUCCCUAACAUAACAGGAGUUGCUUACCUAGCAUAGCUGCCCAUUUCCAGCUUUGUAACACCUCACCGGAUAUAAUUAAAUAUGUGUUCGAACGUAGUCGGCGUAGCCGACCGCGGAGCGCUGAGACGCUAUAUUUAAUAAUCCAAAGAAUUUUACCACAUUUCAUGGGACGAAGAAUUAUGGCAUUUUUACUGUGUAAGAGAUUAUACAAAUGCUGCACUGGAUGAUGAGAAAAAGAAUUAUAGAACUCAAUACAUAAUUCUUAGAAUGGAGUCAUGCUUUUGGUGCCAUGCACAUCAAUCUCAAGAAAAAUUCAAUAGGUGCCCAUUGAUAGGAAAGCCAAUAUGCGAAAAGUGCAAAAAACUUAUCUUUUAGCCUUUAAAAAUUACAGAUUUAAUAAUUUUGAAUAAAUUAUUAAAUAUUUAUAAUCAUUUGAUUAUUGAGGAGUUAAAAGAUUUGAACAAAUGUAUAAGUCAGAAGUCGAAGCAGUCUAUGGGAUAAACACUAAUCUUCUACAGCUGAAAUUUGGAAUAGGCACUUGGAACAGAAAAAUUGUUUAUAGAUAUAUGGUUGAUGAAGCUCUGGUUAUAUUCAGAAAACGAAAUAAAGAAUUUCUGCUUGAAGAAAUGAAGAAAACUAAUUUAGACCCUGCUUUGAUUGAUUUUGUUGAAAAUAUCGAUAUAACAACUAUGGAUAAAUCUUGAUCAGAGACAUUAGAAAGCUCCGAAGAUCCAGUUCAUGAAUUGUUUUAUAACUAUAUAAGAGACAAAAAGUCAGAAAAAAGAGUCUUAAACAAGCUCAAAUCCAUAAAAUAA